UUCAUUGUAAUGUAAACAUUUCCAUGCGUGUUGAGUGAUAUAUUUAUUUUUUCAGCUUCUUUCACAGAAAUUAACAUAUGUAUAAAACACAGAUAACUUGAACUGAGUGCAAUGGAUCAGAUUCAUUAUUUGCGUUUGGGACUGUGGAACGUUGCAGAGGGAUUGUACAAGUACUUCAUCGAAAAUGACAGCUCUCAUGACGCAAAGUCUCAAAUUCGUUCUUACCAUUGGAAUGUUGCAGUGGAUCCAGAAAGCAACUGCUUUGCAUCACCUGUAGUGAUGACGCCUUGGCAUCAAUCAUGGGUUUCAACUUGGCUUAUCAGUAAUGAAACUGGAGCCUGCAGAGAAAUGACGACUGCAGUCACUGAUGUGCGCAGCCUCAGGAAAGAAACUGAAUUCCAUUACAUUCUGAACAUUUUAUCACCACCACCAAUCAUUCUGAAGGAACUUACUCAUCUUUACAGCCAGACCUUAUUUGCAGACAAAAUAGCAACACCUGUACAAUGCUUUUCCAUGCAUGCCCAUAAGUUUUUGUGUGAUUGUCUGCUUAAGUAUCCUGUGCUAGCAAAUUUCAUUAUCCAACAACUUAUGUGUAUUUGGUCACCAUACUUUAAUGAAAGUGACAAUGAACUGCAAGACAUUUACAAGGAAUGUAUUGAUGCAUGUAUUGAAAAUAUGGAGAAAUUCAGUCGUGAUGCAUCAAAUGAAACAAAAGAUAUCCCUACCUCAAGUCACGUAAUAAGAACAAAAAUUAUUGAAAGUGCAUCGGAUUCAGAUAACACAGCAUCAGUACUAAUUUUCCUUGUCGCCUUAUGGAAAGUUUCAGCAGGAAAAAAUGAACUUUUAGUGAAGCAUAUUUCAGAACAUCUUCCACCAAUAUGUGAAAGAAUGGUAUUGGCUGAACGAGAAAUUUAUUUCAGUCUCAUAGCUAGGAAUGAUGUUGACCAGCUGAAGACAUUUCUGGAUGCAGAAAAUGCUUUUUACAGAAGGAUAAAGACUGAUAGUUUUCAUGACCUAGAACAUAUUUUAAAUAAUUUGAAAAUCCAUGAUGGAACAUUUAGUGUAAAAGAAAUUUUCAUACGAAUGAUAAAUAUAAGAAGACACUGGAUUGAAGAUAUUGUGGAUCUUGUAUGCCAGUCAACAGGGAAAGGAAAUGUAAGUUUUUCACACCUAGGAACCAGUUUAUUUAUGAAUAACAUCUAUCCACUGGUGAUACUCCAAAUCUGGGAGAUAUUUUCAGGAGACAAUGCUGUCUUUCACAUGAUUGACAGGAUUACUGCCAAGUUACAGAUUGAUGGGGAUUCUGUACUUGGUCAAAUAAUUGUGGCACUCCAAUAUCAGAAAACAUUUUCAGAAUGGUGUAAACCAUACUGGCAAACAGAUGUCAUAAGUAACACAAGUUUAUUGUUGCUUGCAAAAAACCACAGCACAUUAGCAGUUCUCCACUGCAUUACAAAUUUGGCUGACACUCAGUGGGAUAAAGUGAAAGAAAUGUUGUGCUAUAGACGAUGUCUCUCAUGUUCCACUUCUGAACAGGAAUCAGUGGAAAAUCUGCACCAAAAUUGGCAAGUUGUGACAUUUGAUGCAUUUUGUGCUUUAAUGACAGCAUUUAAUGUUAUCCAUGCUGGUGCUGAAAUAGAAAAGAUGGCAGACACACAACAGCAUUGUGCACAUAAAUGUCAACCAGCUACAAAGAGACAAGCUUCCUUGGUUGACGGUGAUGAUGAUGAAAGUAUUAAUAAUGCAACUUUACAAAAGACAUAUGAUGAUGAAGUAACACACAGACUUGCUUAUAUUAAAGAGAAAGUAUGUGGCAUCUAUUCCUUAACUUACAGGGCUGAAAUUAUGGAGAAUUUGUUCUCCAUGCUUCUCCUUGGCUAUGAGUACAUGCAAGAUGAAAAUUCCUCAUUGAGUGGCACAGAAGAAACUGAGUCUGUGUUGAAAACUGAGGUUUCUCAUCACUUGGAACCUAGUACCAGCUCAGAAAACUCUGAAAGAAAAACUGAUAAACUUGUUUCAGCAUUGAAUACAGGUAUUAGUCAGGGUGUUUAUGACUGUUCAUCUCCAGAAGUGUACUAUGUACCUAAACCAAAGCAAUGGCUAAAGCAAGAGAGUUUAAAAUCUAAAAGAAGAUGUUCUCUUACUGAACAAUCACACAAUUGGAGCAGUUAUAUUGCUGAUAAUGGUUUUGUGAACAACAGAUGCAUAGUUCGAGAUCUAUUGUUUUGUUUAAAAGAGUGCUUAGAAGAGACCAGCACUUUGUAUUAUAAAUCACGUGCAUCUGGUACUAGAGAAACAUUACAUUGUAAAGCCGUACCUUCCUCUGUGACUGAUGAAACUCUUCCAAAUCGUUUACACAGGUUAUCACAGUACAUAAGUGAGGCAGCAUGGAGACUUCAUGUCUUAACUGAUGACAAGUUUGUAAAUAACAUAGGAAAGAGUCCUGAAAUGUGUGAGACCUCCAUAGUAGACAGCCAUUUUGAUUGGCAUUAUCCUUGUGAUGAUACUACAAGUGAAAGUGACAGUGAUACUAAUGAAAAUGGGAUUGCUGCCAGAAACAAAAUUAGGCACCGAAAAUUUCGAAGAAAGACAAAAUCCUUCACUGAAAGGUCAAGUGAGAAUGGUUCACAGUCAGAACCAUCAGGUGAAACUUCUCCAAGUCAAUCUGCAGCGUGCUUUGUACCCAAAAGUAAUAAGAAACGAAAAUCGGGGCGUGUUCUGUCGCCUUUUGGUUUCAUCAAUGUCAUGCUCUCAUCACACGCAAGUCUUGCAAUUCAGUGUCUAUCGAGAGGCGACCUCGAGAAGGCCAAACUCGUUAUAAAGAUGAAUGAAGCAGAGGAAGGACCUUUGGCUAAAGAAGUGAGGUUUACUGAAGCAUAUAGUCAACUGAAACUACGUCUGAAUGCUAAUUCACUUGAAAAUCAAAAAGCAAGACCAGGACUAAAUAGCAUGAAACCUAUUGCCUCCUCAGAGCAUGCUCCUGUGUUACACCCACCAAUUCUUCAGUCGAUAAAAGAAACUGCAGGUGCCAACAUUCAUACAACAGCUGUGACCUGCGAAGUGGAACAUUUCCUGUCAAAGGUGUCACCACCUGUCAUAGAAGACCUCAGCAAAGCUGUUUCAGUUGGAAAUCUUCAGUCCAGUGCAGCCCUUCAGUGUGCAGACUGUGAGACAGCUAUUGUCAUCAUAGAUAUGCUCUUAACACUUGGAUCAAGCCAGGAACAUUCAGUUAGUAUGUUAGCAGUAGCCCAGUCCCAUUGCCCAAUGCUCAAGACUGAAGAAUCACAAGAAGCUUCACGUAAUAGCUCAGCUGGUUUUGUUAUUUUUGCCUCUGCAAUAGGAAAAACUCUAGAUUUUCUUGUGAGUGAUAGAAACUCUGAAGAUACUUCACAUUCAUUGUCUCAGUUUCUCCCCACUGAUAUCUCCCUUCCUGUUGUUAUAAGUUCUGUACUCUAUCCACUGAAUGUGAAUGCAGCAAUGGAGCUAGUAAAUUACUGGUCAUCUAUGCAGAAUGCUUUGAAAGAGUUUUGUAGAUGUAAAGAUGCAGACAUUAGUAGAAAUGAAAUGCAAGAAGCCAUAAUUACACGUGGAAACUAUCUUCACAACACAAGUGCACACAUUUGUUUCAGAAAGUUAAUGAAGAUGUGCAAUAACAACAGAACAGAGAAGGCAGUGACAAUUACACAGUCUGAACAGCCACGAUAUCUUCAAAGAUUCUAUUCAUACCUCAAGUUCCUAACGUCUCUCCUUGUUCAAAAGACGCCAGUGAAGAAAGAAACACCAAGAUUCUCGUCCUAUUUUGAUGCUUUGCACAGCGGUCUCAUGGAAUAUUUUGGUCAACUAAUUUUUGAUUUGAACAUACCUCCUGUGGCAUUAGAGCAUGAAGCAAGUUUGAUAAAGCAUAACCUUGUUGAUACUGUGGUGCACUGUUGUUGCCCACACAUUACAAGUGGAAACUUAAUAUCCACAUUUCAGAUCACAUGUCAUACAUCUUGGGGUAUGAUAUGCUUAAAUGAGAAUCAGAUGGUUGAAGUCAGUGAUACAAGAAAUCCUGAACUACUCGUCAGAAGUUUGCUUAGAGAUAUUUCACAGCUACUACAAGGAAAUUCAAAAAUUAAUUUGAAGUGUGGUGUAUUAACAAGGCCCGUGGCAUCAGAAAUGGUUGUAGAUCAGAGAGUAAGAAAUGUACUCUCUAGAACUUCAGGACUUUUGUGUGUUGAUUUAAAUCUUCUGUCCUCUGAAGAUGAAGCAAUGGCAUUUUUUCUGAAUGUAGCCAACCUCUUGUGGAUCCACGCACUUUUGACACUGGAAAUAGACUCUGAGUUUAUGCAACCAGGCACCAUACUUACUGCAGAUAUGCCAAAGCACAGUCGAAAAUUUGGUUUGUUGUCUAAAAAUCCUUUAGAAAGAACUAUAGCUAUGAAAUCUGUUGGUUACAACAUUGGACAAUUGGGUUUUGUAUCCCUGUUUACUUUACAAAAGUGGCUUCUCGGAGAAGCUGCAUGUUAUCCACAUAUGCGAUCACUGAAAAAUUUUCUUAGCCAAGAUGAUACAGAGGCAGUGGAGGCAUUAAAAAUACCAUGUGAUCAACGUGUACUGUUCUCAUUGGCUAAUGGGCAAAAUUUUACUCCCAAAAUACAGGUAUUUCUACCUGAAACAGUUGAUUCACAACUCGAUUCUGGAAUAAGCGAAUUCUUAAGCUUCUCUGUAACGUUACAUUCAAAUGGUUGUUUGAUCAUUCCAGAACUUCUGUAUUUUUAUUUGGAAGCAUCAAUACUGAACCAAGAACCAGAAAGCAACACUGCCAUACCUUCCUUUAACUGUAACGUUUCUGCUAAUUACUUUUCUGAAAGUGACCUUGAGUUUGGUUGUAACUCCAAAGAGAAGCUGCAGCUGCUACUGGAAUUCUUGAGUGAUAAUGUAUCAGGAGAUUUUCAGAUACAGUUACGUUCCUUUGCUGAAACUCUUUCAUCAAAAGACGCAGCUCUGUACCAAGAUUGUGUGAGCUGCAGUCAACCUGAUUAUAUUUUUGGUAUCAGAUUUGAAUACCUCAGUACUACAAAUGCAGAGGAGGUGCUGGACUCCAGUUCUCAAUCUGAGGAAAAUAGUUGUAGAAAACAAGCUGUUACUGACACAGUGUUACAGUUUUUGGAACGUCAUUGCUGGUUACUGGCAGUAAUUGUGGAUAAAUUACAUAAAGAAGUUGAAGAAGAGAAAGAACUUGUGUUUGAAACCUCUUCACAUCAAAGCAUUAGUGCUAGAACAAAGAGCCUGGAGAACUUAUUCCAAAGUGAAUGGAUAGGAGUGCUGCAGCCACUGUUUAGUAGCAGUCCUGUUUUAACUGCUCUGUCAUCUGUGAUUAAGCCAGAAGUGUUGUGGGAAUAUUUUCAUUAUCUACAGAGAGGUAGAAACUGGACUCAGUGUGCUACUGUACUGUUUUGUUUGCCAGAUUCUCUUAUGCACAAUGAUCCAAAGCUUCAAUUAUUUAGAGAUAUGGUUUUAUUUGAACUCUCUUCAAAAUUACUUUCAUCAGAUUAUCCAGAGCCAUGGCUGUUUGCUAAAUACAUUGGAGACAUAUCAAGACAAGCAAAAUGUGUACUUAAAAACGUUUUUCAGUGGCCUGGGAACUGUUGUAUUGAAAUACUGAAAACAGUGCUCGGAGAUUCUACCAGAAUUCUUGAUCCACAGUUAAAAUCUCAUGUUACUGUUAGGUUGCAGGAGAUAGAAGUACAUGACAAGGUUCUCAGAUGCUUCCAAAAUAGUGAUAUGAAAACAUGGCAUGAUGUCUGCAGGUUAUCUGAAAGAAAUCCAGAAUUUAUACUUGAUACUUUGAUUGAGAAGAGAGAGUUUCAGAUAUGUCGACAGUGGGCUGAAUAUCAUGGUAUAGGAAUGAAAAUGCAGCAUUUGAUAGAUUCCAGGUUUCUAUUGCUCUACAUACACCCUGAGCCCUCGGACUUUGUAUCAUUGAAGAUGCUACUUCAGUCUUUAGAGACAUCUCAUGCAAUUUCCAUAUGUGAAGAUGUACUGCCUCAUUUGAAAACCAUUGUUGGUUUGAAGUUUGUACUGGAAUUCUUGAUGGAAUGUGACCUACCUAAGGAUACGGAAUAUGAGUAUAAAUUGAUGCUCUUAAGUACUGACAUGCUGGGAGCACUUUCUGCAGCAGAGUGUUCAGCACUCUGGGGCCUUGUUGGACACCCUCAUUUAAUUGUAGAACAGUUGUUGAUGAAUACGCAGUUGGGGGCUUUGGAAAGAGCUAUGGUUGCUGCAAAACCUGGUCUCUCGUCCAUUCCACCUUCAUUACCUGCAUCGGAGCCAUCAAUUGAUAAGUUGUUGCGAAGGUAUGCCUCAAAAGCACUUGACACAAGAGUUGGAAAUGCUGCUAGACUUAACACACUAGGUGUUCCUGUAGAGGACAGAUUACUGGUUUCAUUGGCUUCCAUCUCCAGCCAGAGUGAAGAGUUUGUGGUGCCUGACAGAGUGCCAAAGAAAAGUGAAUGGGUUCCAGAUGAUGAGGUCAUCCAGUGCAUGUCUUGUCAUUCAGUAACAUUCUCAAUGUUCAAUCGUCGUCACCACUGCAGACGCUGUGGACGUGUUGUGUGUGCAACUUGUUCUUCCAGAAAAAUGAGGGUUGAAGGAUAUGGAAAAGUAUCAGUAAGGGUAUGUGAUGCCUGUUAUGCUCAGUGUCAGGAUGCUUUUGAGAAAACUGAAGCUGGAAGCUCUGAAGAUGGUACUUUCAGCUCUUCACUUAGGGCAGAAUCAGUGGCAGAUUUUCCAUGGAAAUUGUCUGUAGAAGAAGAUUACAAUUCCACAGUGAGAGAAGAAUUUAAUUACGAGCAUGCACCAAGUGUAAGCUUAUGCUUGGCUAUUCUGAAACUCCACUCUGAACAAGAGGCCCAUACAAGAUUUCUUCUCGAUGCUUGUGACAGAAUGCUACAUCUUCUGCAGCCAAUAUCACCUGGAACUGUGAAUCCUGAAGUUGAUCACACUAUUGUUAUUAGGAUGGUUAAGUCGCUAGCAGUGGCAGCAAAAGUGACAUUAGCUGGCCGUCAAACUCCAGAACUUGUGGCCUGUUGUGAUCAGGUGCUAAGCUGUGUUGACUUAUUAGGAAUGCUAGCAGCAGCUGGUCAACCCUGCCUACCCAUCAGCACUUUCUGGGGUCACCAUAAAUUACGUGCUCUUAGGAACCAUCUAUUGGCUGAAGAGCUAUGGCCUCUUGCCUUAGAGGUAUCUACAAAAUGUGGGCUUGAUUGUACUGGAGUGUGGGCUGCUUGGGGGAAGGCCAGCCUUCGUGCGGGGUUUUGGAACGAUGCACGUGAACACUUUGCCCAUUGUUUAAAGGCUGGAUCACGCCCCCCAAGAGAUCCACCUCUGCUUAUGGAAAUCAUCAGUAUCCUGGAAGAAGUGUCUCUGGGCCACUCUAAUAACUCCUCAGAAUCUAGCAUCAGACAGUUUCCUGUGGAUGACAACUCUGUCUUAAAUGCUCUUGCAUCAGUGGAUGACAUUUCAUCUGGCAGAUAUAUGCUGUCAGCACCUGCCUCAAAUACAGUCUUCAUUGGCCCCAAAAUUGCUCACAAAUUCUAUGAGGAGAGUAUUUUUUACCUUAAACAGUAUGGCAGCCAUUCUGGUAUUAUUUCAUUCUACCUAAGGCAUGAUGAUGAAACUGCUGCUCUGUGUUACACACAGGAGCAGAAAGUUGAUCCUGAGAUAUUUCUCCACAUCGUUUACAUUCCUAGCCUGCAGAAAGGAACUGUUUCUUCUUUGCAUGGUAGAAUGGAAUGGAUGGAUAGUUCUUUGUUGCAGUGGAAGCCUUAUCUCUGUCAUAUUUGUCAUCAUCUUGAAAAGCGAGGUUAUUUAAAUGUUCUGUAUCAACUACAGAUAUUUAUGAGGGAUUAUGUGCGUGCUGCAAUGACAUGUAUUCGUUUUUAUCACGCUGGUGCCAGGAGCUAUACUGACUUGGCAAAUAAUGUAAAUUAUUUGGAGCAAGCAAAGAAACAUCUUCAAAAUAGCCUGUCAGCCUUACAGAACACUAAUGUCAGUACAGUUGCUAAAUCUCCUCCGAAGAGAAGACUUUCAAAUAUUCAACCACCAGAGGAAAAAGUGGGACUUCAGCUUGAUUCACGAGAGCUUCUGCGUCACAUAAAAACGAUAGAGAGGCAACUGGAAAUAACAAGAUUCUUGCACAAGUGUGAGUGUGAUGGAAGACCAGUACCACUCAUUGUGACAGCUAUACUGGGCAGUGGUUCAUCACCACCUCUCUUAUUUGGCAGUUCUACAGAGCGCUGUCAACUAGCUGCUCUGCUACUGCUUGCAAGUCCUACUAUUGAGGAAGUCUUCAGUCUCACACAAAGGAUUAUUGAUGAAUAUCAUUUGAGACCACUCACUGUUUAUAGAAUUGUGUGCAGUAAAUAUGCAGGAGAUUCAUCUGUAAAUUGCAUUGAAAGACUUGUCAACUGUAUUAAAAAUACAGAAAAUUCAGAGAGAUUUGCUGUAUGUGAUGAAGUACUGGUGCUCUCAGUGAAUAAAUUAGUAGAAAAAUCAUCAGUUACAGAAGCUGAAUCUCUCAUAAAACUGAUUACAGAACCUGAAAGUAAGGUUUCAGGAUACAUACUUUGUCACCAGCUGAAGUCAGCUUACCUGGUAGCAGUGAAAUACAACCGAGUAGAUGACGUACUACGAAUAAUGCAAGAAGCACAGAAGCUGGAAAAUACUGCAGUGCACAAAAUCUGUUUGAAGUGGCUUAAUCAGCAUGGGAUAUUCCCAUCUGUAGAUCCAGUAUAAUAUGUUUUUCAGAAUAUGAGUACUGGAUCCAGAAGAUGGAAAAGAUUGUAGAGUGACAUUUCUCUUAUCAUCAAUAUAGUGUUUCGUGCUGUAUAUUAAACCUGUGCUUUUUGUGUUUGGCACAAACUAUGUGAGAUUUCUUAAUUUUAUAUGCUAUGAAGAAUCUUCUUUUUGAGAUUUUGGAAGAGUGAGUGUGAACAUGAUAAGGCUAGUGAAUAUUAUUAACUCAUGUUAUAACAUGUAAGAAGUACUUACAGCAAUUAUGUUUGUAACGAAAUGUAUUUUGUUAUCCAUAUCUUUUGCUUACAAUUUAAAAUAUUUUUAUAUUCAUUGCAAUCAAAUAAGACUGCAUGAUUCCAAUAAAUUGAGGUUUUUGUCACAUCUUA